CUGCUAGUUACUGUUAGCAAACAAGCUAACCGUUGAGGUUAAUCUCAUCCCUGUUAUUAGCUUAAAUAGCUUUAUCGCCCUCUCUAGAGUCGAUAAAUGUUGUCUGGUUUCAGAGAGAAAAAUCAAAAUGUCAUUCAACGUAAAAAAUGCGACGGUGUAGUUACCUGUAGCCAGCUAUGGCACCAGGGGAUGUGGUGCCAGAACAUGCCAAGCAGCUGAAGCCCAAGGAGAAGCGGCCUGGAAACAGAGCACCGAAAGCAGACUGCGAGCCUGAUGGGUCUUUUGUCUUUGAGGCUCAUGAGGCUUGGAAGGACUUCCAUAACUCCCUCAGGCAUUUCUAUGAAGUGGGAGAGCUUUGUGACGUCACACUAAAGGUUGGCAGUAGGUUGAUACCAUGUCACAAGCUAGUGCUGGCCUGUGUGAUCCCUUACUUCAGGGCGAUGUUCCUCUCAGAGAUGUCUGAGGCUAAGCAAGAGCUGAUAGAGAUCAAAGACUUUGACGGUGAUGCCAUUCAGGACCUGGUGCAUUUUGCCUACUCCUCCAAACUCACAUUAACUGUGGACAAUGUCCAGCCACUGCUUUAUGCUGCCUGCAUCCUUCAGGUGGAGUUGGUGGCGAAGGCCUGCUGUGAGUACAUGAAGGCCCACUUUCACCCGACCAACUGCCUGGCGGUUCGCACCUUCGCUGAGAGCCAUAACCGCGUGGACCUGAUGGACAUGGCCGACCGCUACGCCUGCGAACACUUCACAGAGGUAGUGGAGUGUGAGGACUUCACAUGCGUGUCGCCCCAGCACCUGCGCACAUUAUUGUCCUCCAGCGAGCUCAAUAUUCACUCGGAGACGCAGGUGUACAAUGCAGCUGUGAAAUGGCUGAAAGCAAACCCGCAGCACCACGAGGCCUGGCUGGACCAGAUCAUGUCUCAGGUGCGCCUCCCUCUGCUACCUGUAGAGUUCCUGACAGGAACAGUGGCUAAAGACGAGAUGAUUAACGGUAACCUGAGCUGUCGCGACCUGAUGGACGAAGCCAGGAACUACCACCUGCACCUCAGCAACAAGGUGGUACUGGACUUUGAGUAUACAGUCCGUACUAUACCCCGGAAACACACUGCAGGGGUUUUGUUCUGUGUGGGUGGCAGAGGAGGUUCCGGUGACCCAUUUCGCAGCAUCGAGUGCUACUCCAUCACUAAAAACAGCUGGUUCUUUGGUCCUGAAAUGAACAGCAGGAGGCGACACGUGGGUGUAAUAUCUGUGGGAGGUAAGGUUUAUGCUGUUGGGGGCCAUGAUGGUAACGAACACUUAGGGAACAUGGAGAUGUUCGACCCCCUCACCAACAAAUGGAUGAUGAAAGCCUCCAUGAACACAAAGAGGAGGGGAAUAGCCCUGGCAGCUCUUGGAGGUCCUAUCUACGCUAUUGGAGGUUUGGAUGACAACUCGUGCUUCAACGACGUGGAGCGAUACGACAUCGAAAGCGACUGCUGGAGCGCCGUGGCUCCGAUGAACACACCCAGAGGAGGAGUGGGAUCUGUGGCACUGGGGAGUUAUGUGUACGCUGUGGGAGGCAACGAUGGCGUGGCGUCGCUGUCCAGCGUGGAGCGGUUUAACCCACACCUAAACAAGUGGACGGAGGUCAGCGAGAUGGGCCAGAGACGGGCUGGGAAUGGAGUCAGCAAACUCAAUGGCUGCCUCUAUGUAGUGGGUGGAUUUGAUGACAAUUCGCCUCUGAGCUCUGUAGAGCGCUUCGACCCACGGAUGCACCGUUGGGAGUACGUGUCUGAGCUGACCACGCCACGUGGGGGAGUCGGGGUCGCAACUGUAAUGGGAAGAGUGUUUGCAGUCGGGGGUCACAAUGGGAACAUCUACCUGAACACGGUGGAGGCUUUUGAGCCUCGAAUGAACAGAUGGGAGCUGGUGGGUUCGGUGUCUCACUGCCGCGCCGGAGCCGGAGUCGCUGUCUGUUCGUCUCACGUCAGCCAGAUCAGGGACGUGGGCCAGGGCUCCAGCAACGUGGCCAACUGCAUGUGACCGCCGCCCCGCUCCUUACCAGGUGACUGCUGACUGCCAGCUCCCCGUCAGAUCUCAUCACUGCACAGAAGCACGUAACACAAAGCACACAAAACGGUGACGGAGUGAAUCUCGCCCCCCCAGCAGCUUCAUUACCGUCACAACUGUCUGAACAUCAGCCUCAAUCACUUUCAGGCUGGUGCUCAGUUUGCACACAGUGAUCGAGGAAUAUUAGGGACUGACUUGAAGUGCAUGAAACGACACAUUAAAGGCGUUUUUCUUGACUCCUGCUGGUGUUAUUUGCAAUCAGUGAUGUAGUAUUUUGUACUGUAUUUUCUGCUAUUUGACUGCCUUGACAUAGUUUUUUUUAAGGGAACAUAAUAGCUGAGCCUAUUAGAAUUUAAUACUAACAUCGAGAAUGAGACGUGAGUUUGGAUUCAGUACUACUAGGCGAACUGCACAUUAUAAAUGUGGACUGUAUAAUAGGCCAGUAUGAACGCAUUUCAGAUAUUUCUACCUUUGAUUUUGUGAGAGAUUUGAACAAAACACCUUCUUUGCAGUUCAGCGCGUGUGGUUAUUAAUCAUCAGUCAAUCUGAAACGCGGUGUGAAGAUGUCAAAUACAUUUCCAAGACUUGUGCGAUCUUAUGCUGAGUUCAGUAACAGCAUCUGUUCGAGGAGAAGUUGUUAAAGGUGCGUGUGAGAAUUAUUCUAUCUAAGCUGGAUUGUUUCGCAGCAGUUGUAGCUGAGAUUUGCCUGUAAUUGUGUUUGAACAAUCAUUUAAGGCUGAUUGGGAUAAAUCAGUCAGAGCUGACGGGUCGGAGGAAUUUAACUGCUGCAAGUGCCAAACACGAAACGUGUGCGUCAGCUGUUCUCAGAAGCUGCAAAACGCCUGCUGAAUCCCGAUUUACCACCUUUACCUUGACCUCAGAGUAGAGAACGGUUUCCUUCCUGACACUAAACCUGAGAGUCGAGGACCAAUCAGAGCAAUACGGCGCACCUCUCCAGUUCUUUUUCAGUUUUUCAUUAUUGUACAGAGAUGUGUUCGAACUGACAGGGACAGUUAUUCAAAUUCAAGAAUUGUGUUUGACGAUAGCUGGACUGUCAGAAAUCCUUUCAGAUAUGUAUGAGAAGCAGCUGAGGUUUGUCUCUGCAGAUGGUUGCAUUAUAUUUUAAUAUAUGGACAUUUUGUAUAAUAAUAUAGGUGUAUCUUUGGUAUUAUCCUUUACUACACUAUCUAAUCCAUUGCUGUGCACUAUUUUCCUAGAUUAGAUGUGAAGUCUGAGUAUAUU